AUGUCAGGUCGCCGCCCCCUUCAUCCCAGGUUCUCUCUAUCUCUCUCUCUCUCUCUCCCUCCCUCCCUCCCUCUCUCUCUCUCUCUCUAA